AUGAUCACGCUUUACUGCGAGGGAACUCCCAACCCUCUCAAGAUUUCCAUCGCGCUGGAGGAACUGGGCUUGGAGUACAAGGUCCGCAAAAUCAAUCUCUUUAACCACGAACAGAAAGAACAGUGGUUUCUCGAUGUAAACCCCAACGGCCGCAUUCCAGCUAUUGUCGACACGGACGAGAGUGGUAGCGAGCUGAAGAUCUGGGAAAGUGGUGCAAUCUUGCAGUAUCUCGUGGACCGGUACGACAAAGACCACAAGAUCUCGUAUCCUCAAGGCAGCAAGGAAUACUGGCAGAUGACAAGCUGGCUCUUUUGGCAGGUGAGCGGUCUCGGCCCCAUGCAGGGUCAAGCAAACCAUUUUAAAAUGUCCGCUUUCAGCGACUAUCCGUACGCCUUAAACCGUUACGUCAACGAAACACGCCGUCUCUACCGCGUCAUGGAUAAGGCCCUCGCAAACAAUCCUUCCGGAUAUCUCGUUGGUGAUCAUCUGAGCAUUGCCGACAUCGCUAUCUGGCCAUGGACCACCGCGUACAAGUACAGUGGCCUAUCCCAGAUUGAUGAAUUCCCUCACGUCAAGGACUGGAUGUAUAGACUCCUAGCACGUCCCGGUUUUGAGAAGGGUCGCAACGUGCCGAGUCCUCAUAUUUACCUCCAGCUCAACGAGCUGCCAGACGAAGAACUGAAGAAGUUGGGGAAGGAGAGAUCGGGAUGGAUUCAGGAGGCUAUGAAGCGCGAUGCUGAAUGA